GGACGCUGCGUUUUUUCCUCAGAUGGGGCGGAUUUCGUAGUGCCUCGGUUGACAUUGUUGUUGUUGUGGGAGUCGGAAUGUAGUUUAUAGCAAAGCGUCAAGUCCAAGAGGAAAGUGUGAGUGUGAGGUUUGGAUUAACGCGUAGCAGAAGGAGCGAGUUUCGGUGCAGACUGAGUGAGAAAUUUGCUGGAAGAGGGAACUGGAAUGGGACCGUGAGGAGGAGAUUUGUUCUGCGAGGCCGAGCUGAAGGUAACGCAGACAACGGAGGAGGCUGUUAGCAUUGAGGCUAAUAACGGUGUUGUAGCUGUAGUGGUGUUGAUCGCGGGCUGUAGGAGAGUUGCUCUCCUGUUCCUUUCCGCUGCCCCGAUGUCCCCCUGCAGCGCCGUCGCUUCAUGAUCACAUGACCCUGGAUAUGGACGCAGUCCUGUCCGACUUUGUCCGCUCUACAGGAGCCGAACCCGGACUGGCUAGAGACCUGCUGGAGGGUAAGAACUGGGACCUGACGGCCGCCCUGAGCGAUUUCGAGCAGCUGAGGCAGGUGCAUGCUGGGAGUCUGUCCUACUCUUUUCCAGAAGAGAGGGAACAGACGCUGACGGAGCACAAGGACAUGACGAGAGUGGGACGGCCGCUGCUGCACCGACAGGACGACGUGGUACAAGGUGAAGGCUCCCUGCACUCGGAUACGCGCACCGCCGCUCUCACGCCAUCGGAACAAAACGCAGAAAUAAACCCCGCCACAGAGAAGCGUCUGUCUCGAGGGAUCUCUCACGCCAGUUCCACCAUCGUGUCUCUUGCUCGCUCUCACGUUUCCAGCGUAGGAGGUAGUGGCAUUGGGACCGAGAUGCUCCUGGACACCCCCGUCUGCACAUUCCAGCUGCCGGACCUCACCGUGUACCGCGAAGAUUUCCGUGGCUUCAUCGAGCGAGACCUCAUCGAGCAGUCCAUGAUGGUGGCCCUCGAGCACGCAGGCCGGCUAAACUGGUGGACGAAGCUGGGUUCAGGAUGCCAGAGUCUGUUGCCGUUGGCUACCAGUGGGGACGGGAACUGCCUCCUUCAUGCCGCCUCUCUGGGUAUGUGGGGUUUCCACGAUCGAGACCUGAUGCUGCGGAAGUCUCUGUACGCCCUGAUGGACCACGGCCAGGAGAGAGAGGCGCUGAAGCGCAGGUGGAGGUGGCAGCAGACCAUGCAGAACAAAGAGUCAGGGCUGGUGUACACCGAGGAGGAAUGGCAGAAGGAGUGGAAUGAACUGUUGAAGUUGGCCUCCAGUGAACCCAGGAUACACUACAGCACUAACAGCAGCAACGGCGCCGAGUCGCAGGAGGAACCUGUGUAUGAGAGUCUGGAGGAGUUCCAUGUGUUUGUUCUGGCUCAUGUUCUCCGUAGGCCCAUAGUCGUGGUGGCCGACACCAUGCUGAGAGACUCGGGAGGAGAGGCUUUUGCCCCGAUUCCAUUUGGUGGGAUUUAUCUACCCCUGGAGGUCCAGGCUCACAAGUGUCACCGCUCGCCGCUGGUCCUGGCCUACGACCAAGCGCAUUUCUCUGCCCUGGUUUCCAUGGAGCAAAAGGACGGUUCCAAAGAACAAGUGGUGAUUCCUCUGACAGACUCGGAUUAUAAGAUGCUUCCCGUGCACUUCGCUGUGGAUCCUGGCAAGGACUGGGAGUGGGGCAAAGACGACGUGGACAACGUGAUGCUCGCUAGUGUCACUUUAUCUCUGGAGGCGAAGCUCCACCUGCUACACACCUACAUGAACGUAACAUGGCUUCCUUUGCCGUGUGAGGUACAGCAGGCUCCUCUGGCCCAGCCCGAGUCUCCGACCGCCUCGGCCGGAGAGGACGCCCGCACGCCUCCCGACUCUGGUGAAUCCGAUAAAGAGUCUGUGAGCAGCAGCUCCAACGGAAAUGGGGACAGCAGCGCAACAGGCAGCAGCAGCGGAACAGCAGGUAAAUCCUCCAGCUCCUCGAGUUCGUCCAGCAGCGGCUCAACCGGAACGAUGGGUAAGGAGAAGAACAAAAAGGACAAAGAAAAGGACAAAGAUAAAGAUAAGAAGAGGGCAGACUCAGUGGCCAACAAGCUGGGAAGCUUUGGUAAGAGUUUGGGCAGCAAGCUGAAGAAGAACGUGGGUGGACUGAUGACAGGAAAAGCUGCGGCAGGUGGACCAGGAAAACCUGAAGGUGCAGAGAAGAAAAAAGGGUCCCUUCGCGGACGCAAAGACAGCAAGGACGGAAAAGACGGCUCUUCCUCGACCAAUCCCGGCUCGGAGGACUCGGGCAAAGGCUCUCCGUCCUCGCAGAACGGAAACAGCAGUUCGGAAGGAGACUCGUACAAGUACAGUGCUGACGUAAAGGCGAGUCUGAACAUCCUGCGAGCAGCUAUGCAGGGUGAAAGACGCUACAUUUUUGCCGGCCUUCUGACUACAAGCGAUAGGCAGCCGUACCAGGAAGAGAUGAUUCAGCGAUACCUUUUGGAUGCUGAGGAACGUUUUCGUGCAGAGCAGGAGCAGAAAAGGGAGGCCGAGCGCAAAGCGGUAAUAAAUGGAGCCCAAGCCAAGAAAGAGCAGUCAGAAUCUGGCUUCCGUGGCUUUGACGGAAAAGAGGAUGCGACCGAAGCGCCGCAUCCCCAUUAUAACACCAUCAAAUCACCCUCUUUUACCCCAUCACUCUAUACAGGUGUUGUGCCCAUUCCUAGAGCCAACUUCCUGGAACACUCACCCUCGCCACUCCCCCAGCACCUUCACAUUUCCGGUUACAUGGACACCCGCCGCCAGCUAGCUGGUGGCUCACCAUCCACCUACCCAGGCCUGCCGUCCUACGCCACCCUACCACGCCACUGCCCCUUGAGCCAAGGCCCCGUCCAUGCUCACACUCAUUACCAUCCACCAACCCCUAGCUGUGCAGCACCUUGCUUCUCAUCCGCUUACAACCAUCCGCAGGAUAUACCAGAGCUCCACAGUGAGUCGGUUGCUGGCGCGUAUGCCAACGGCUUGCUAUCAGGACUGGACAGCCGAGGUGGGCCGCCACCGGUCAGGCACUAUUCUCUGGGCAGCGCUGGUGGAUUGGCAAGCCUGCAGUCAACCCGGUGCCGAACACCGACCUGCAAUUAUUACGGACACCCAGAAACCUGCAAUUACUGCUCGUACUGCUACAGAGAGGAGCUGAAAAGAAGAGAAACUGACACAGCCAUGCACAGGUUCUAAGGUGGAACCACAUUUACCCUGGUACCUUGUAGCGCUGUCUUCUCCACGUGAGACUCAGCAGGUCUCAAGUAGGAUUUCAACGGGGCCUUCCUGUGCCGUCGUGAAGGGACUACGAUUAGUCGACACUAAGGGGAUGGGCGCAAAGUCAGGAGUCCGUACCUCUGUUGCUUUUGCAGUGGAUUUUAGGCGGUAGAUUUGUUGUCGGCGCCGUCGUGCCGUUCUUACUUGCUAUGUCACCGUCGCGACACUUCGCGAUCGCGACGAGUAUCGAGGCAGUCUUUUUUUCGUCCUGGGUGGGGCAGACUUGUGCUGCAUUGAGUAAAAGACAUGACAUGCAAAAUAUUUGACAUGAAGCACAACCAGAAGAUGCACAUGUGUACAGCUUCACAUUUACUAGACUUUCAGUGACUCUUGGGGGAAUGUUGGCAUGGGAUGAAUAAGGUUUUAGUAGAACCCAUUUUGCCAUAUGAUUGUAGAGAAAAGGUUUUUUUUGUUUGUUUGUUUGUUUUUUUUCUCCUCCCCCAAUGUUUCAGCUCUGCCCCAAAGCCAUGUCCUAACAGGAUCCUUCUGACCAUUUUUGGCAUCUCCAAAACUUUUCCAGUCAAAGGUCUGACUGUAUAGUGACUUGUUGUAGGUGAAGGUGAGGCGUGAAUCUAGCAGGUACAGAAAGCAGUUAACGUCGUGUCCACAUCGGAAAGACGCUCGUUAAGACGGCGUAUGAAUUUCUCAGAAUUAACGACACUAGUUCAUCCUGCUGUAAUCAUCUCCUGAAGUCUUUAGAUAUUGUUACCCUCAACUAAAGUACCCUAAGGUUUGAGGAAUAUUUUUGAAAUCCUCUGAAGCUAAAUCCCACCUGUAGGGCAAAUAGAAAUAGCAAGACGUGCUGUUUUUUUGACUGUUUGUUUGUUUUUUUCCCCCCUAAAUAAUAAAAGGUGCAUCAGUGGACUUUUCUCUGCACAAAGUCAAGCACUUUUCUAAUCCUGACAUCGUGUGUUUUUCUUUGGUGUGACGAUAACGAAGACGUUCGACUGUUCUGUUCACCAUCAGACGGCGUGUCGGUGAGACCCCGUGGAGGAGCUCAGCUCUGAUUUGACUCGACCUCGCUGUUUCCUAGUUGCCUUUCCUAGUCUCGCUCCGGUCCUUAUCGAGAUUAUUGGAACAUGUACAGGUUAAUUUCUCAAAGCACCGGUGAAAUCUAGUUUUUCUUUAGUAGGCACGUGUCCAUAAUGAAAAACCACAGCAUCGGAAUUCUGAAAUAAUUUAGCGUGUUUAAAUGAGACGAACUUCCGAAAAGCUAGUAAAAUGUGUGAAUAAUGCUAAUAAACCCUAAUAAACAAAUAGUAAAUUAUUUAAAAAAAAAAAAAAUCCCAGGUACUCGAUUCUCUGUACACCGAAUACCACUUUCACUACAAACCUGAAAGAAAGAAAGAAAGAAAGAAAGAAAGAAAGGAAGGAAAAAAACAACAAAAACAAAUGUCUGUCUUUAUUUAAAAACGUUCUUGUUCGCCUGCUGGUCUCAUCCCGUCGACUCGUCGUCGUCGGUCAGCGCGCGAGAGCUGAAGAGAUCGACCGUCGUAGUCGAAAACGAACAAGAGAGCACCGUCGAUCUUUAAAAAAAAAAAAAAACGGCCAUAACGAACGAGUGUACAGCCUGUAGGACGGUUCCUCGGUAUAAUCCUGCGUGUUGUACUGUGUGUAAUGUAGUCCGUCGUACUGCGUCUGAGCAACAAAAAAAAGAAAAAGCUUCAAAGUGAACACACUUACUCAUUUCUCUGAACUAUGCUUUAGUGCUUUAAAUAUUAGUGAACGGUGCUGCUGAGAUUCUUGGGCUCGCUAAGCGCUAAGCUCCAGAACCUGAAGAUGUUCUCCUGCACUGCUCUGCUAUAUGCAAUAAUUCAGUUUUCUGUUGACCAAAAAACUGCAUCAGUACUGUUCUUGUGACCCCUUAAAGUGGCGACAAUGUUAAUACACCGUGAACGAUUCUGAUUGUAAGAUGAGCUACAGGGAAGGUUUUUUUUUUUUCUCCGUUAACGUGAUUCGCUGUUUUGUCCAGUGGAGGGCGCAGUUGUGUAGUUAGUUCUUCAGUAUUUCGUUUGUUACAUGGCUGAGAAAACACCAAAAGGUGCCAGUAAUUAUUAUUAAUAACCCAGGACCCUAAAAAGUGCUUCAGAUUUCUAAACUCUAGGGAUGCACCGGUUUCCAUCUUAAUCUCCAUCUCUUUUAGCUGAGUUUCUGUAGGUUUCAGGUGAGAGCAACUGCCUAGAGAAGUAACAUUACCGACAGUCUUAGAUUCAAGGCUUCUUUAAAGGCUCUGUAAGGGUUCUUUAAAGGCUCUUUAAGGGUUCUGUAAGGGUUCUUUAAAGGCUCUGUAAGGGUUCUUUAAAGGCUCUGUAAGGGUUCUUUAAAGGCUCUGUAAGGGCUCUUUAAAGGCUCUGUAAGGGUUCUUUAAAGGCUCUUUAAGGGUUCUUUAAAGGCUCUUUGCUUCCUGAAAGGUUUCUAACACUGAAACCCUCGUUGUUGGACUCUAUGUAGAACCUUUAAGGGUCCCUACAAAUUUCCACGCGUAUUUACAUAUUUAUACGCAGAUCUUUUUCAUUCUUCCAUCUGAACACAAAGGAGUUUAUUUGUAAAUCAUCCAUUUACACGAGACAUUCGGUAUCGACCGUCUACCAGUUAUUUAAUAUCCUACGUUUCACUCGUGAUUUUGAGUAAACGUACGUAUAAGGAAGCUCUCGGUAACGUGACCCGUCAAAACCGCGUCGUCGACGACGAGUUACUGUGAGUUUUUAAUUUAUUUAUCUAUCACACGGUCCGGUUUCAUUUCUUACUGUUACACAGCGGUUUAAUGAACAUUCUGUCGAACUCGGUCGCUUCACACAAACGAUUCUGAUAAAAUAAAUAAUUAAUAACGUUGCCCUAUAAAAGGAUCGAGGCGUCGCCGUCACCAGUUACGUGGCAUUUUCAGGGUUUCAGUGAGCAUUUUAUGAGUGUGGCUAAUCGGAAGUCAGCUUUGUUUUGUUUUUUUGUUUUUGUUUUUUUAACAUUUAUUGGUGAAAAUCAGUAUGGAAAUCUGGCACGAUUUUAUUUUUCCCGGUUUCACAUUUACACACACACCUGAACCUGGUGGUCCUGAGGCUUGUAUACAUUCAGCUAUACUGUUGUAUAUUUUAAUACCUAAGCAUUUAAAUGCUUAGCUAUUAAGUUACCAGCUGGUCAACUAAAGCUCACUGCUUGCUUCUGUACAUUUAUUCUGGUGUAUUAGUCAGGAGGAUUUUGUGUAGGUUACAAAGAAUGUCCUUAAACUUGUUUGAGAUUUUUAUUAUUUUUUAAAAAGAUUUUUUUUUUUUUUCCCCCCAAAUCCAGUCCAAUAUCCAACAACAUGUGAGCAAAGCUGUGUGUGUGUGUGUGUGUGUGUGUGUGUGUGUGUGUGUGUGUGUGUGUGUGUGUGUGUGUGUAAAAGUCCACUUAAAAGUAUUACAAGUACCACAAACUCGUCCCCACCAAAAACAAUCCAGCUGAGCGUUUGUUUGUUUUUUUCUUUCCAUUUCUCCGUUGUUUCUUGCUGUAGCUAACAUUCGUCUUAACACAACGCACUAUCACUAAACCUUUUUUUCUUGUAUUUAAAAACAAAAACAAAGACGGCGGUUGUACAAAUACGUUCGAGUUAUUUUUGUACAGUGAGAGCAGUUUUACAGUGUUUCUAACAAUGAGAAUGUACAGGGUUCGUGGGACACUGAGGAAAGAGAAGGGAUGAAGCAGUCAGUAUUCGUGUGUGUGUGUGUGUGUGUGUGUGUGUGUGUGUGUGUGUCUGUGUGUGUGUGAGAGAGAGAGACGGAGAGAGAUUUACAGGCUGACCAACAGGAGCCUCUUCAGUGCUCUGGGCUCUCGUGCAAACACUAAUUUCUUCUAAAAGACCUAAAAUGCUAUGAUUUUGAAUAUGUAUAUUUAUAAUAAGAAUUUUUUUCCUAAAGGUUUUUUUUUCUUUUUUCUUUCCUUCCUUCCAAAACUAGGGUGUUCUUUCUUAGCUCGGUGUCUCUGACAGGCCUCCAGACUUUUCAUUUCGACUCAGCAAGCUUCAUUUUGUUUUGGUGUAACAGACUUGACUAUUUUUAUACUGUAUAUUUUAACGUGUGACCGAACGCCGUUCAUCAGCCUCCACCCGUUUGCAUGAGACUGAACCUGGUGCAUGUACAGAUGCAAUUUAUUCAACCAAAUCUUUUAUUUUUCUGGUUAAUCGGGCAAAUUUGGGUCUGUUAUUUCCGUUUGCGUUACGAGGCAGGCACCGGCUGUGUGAUGAUGCAAUCUACAUGGAAAGAACAUCUGGUUUUUAUGUUUUUGUUUUAUUAUUAUUAUUUUUUUUUUCCUUUUGCACAGUUCGAAUAAAAUUCUUAUUGUAUUUAAA